AUGAGCGCUGUCGCCAUGCCUUUUGACCCAACAAUGAACCUCGGGCCUCGACAAGCUUUCACCUGGCCUGCCGGUCCUCUCGAGUCCGCUCCCGCCCACCAUGACCAUAUCCUGGAAGCCGACUUCACAUCGAUGCACUCCGCUUCGGACCCCAGCCUCACUCCUCCCAGCAUCGCCAGCUCCAUCACAUCCAGCCCUCCCAGAACCGCAUUCACAACCGAGCAGCGGGAGAUGAAGCGCCAGCAAGACCGUGUCCGCCGCGAUUCUCGCCUUGUAUCUCGCCUCCGAAGAGUCAGCAGCCAGCCCUCGUACCUCGAGUCUCCCCCGCUGUCAAUUGCCGAUGUCACCAGCUCCAUGGAGCUGCCAACCGCAUACACAUCAGCUGCUGCUCCCAUGUCUCUCCUCACAGAGCCCGCUGGUCCUCUGACGACCCAGAGCUACCUCCCCCCAUACAGCCCUCCUCUGCCUGAAGCUGCCCAGGCCUCUCCCAUGUUCCCCUCACCAUACGCCCAGUCACUUCCCCAGCAGAGCUACAUGCCUCUGGAAUACCAGCCCAGCCCAUACGCCUCUCCCAGCCACUAUAGCCGAUCUCCCUCACUGUCGGUUGGCCACCAGGAUGCCAUGAUGUACCAGGUCCCGGCCGUCAUGGCUACUGGCGGCGCUCCAAUCGCCUCUGCCAUCCCCAGCGCCUCAACCUCGCCCGAGGGCGGCCACGUUCGCGUCGUUGGGAGCCGCCCCAAGCCCCGGUGCUGGGAGCACGGCUGCAAUGGCCGCCAGUUCUCCACCUUCAGCAACCUGCUGAGGCACCAGCGAGAGAAGUCGGGCCAGGCCGCCAAGGCGUCGUGCCCCAACUGCGGAGCUGAGUUCACCAGGACCACUGCACGAAACGGUCAUCUGCUGCACGACAAGUGCAAGCAGCGACGCAACUCUUAG